UUCAAAUACAAGAUGGAGAGCGUUCCAAAGGAGUUGAGAAAUCUUCGAGCAUGUCUCCUGUGUUCUUUAGUAAAGACCUUAGAGCAGUUUGAAUACGAUGGCUGUGACAAUUGUGAAAAAUAUCUCAGACUAAAGAACAACAAAGAAAAUAUCCUUACUUGUACAAGUGCAAACUUUGAUGGAAUUAUAUCCCUUAUGACACCAGAAGACAGCUGGGUGGCAAGAUGGCAACGAAUUGAUACAUUAGUAAGAGGGUGCUAUGCAAUAUCCGUGAGUGGUAAACUGCCAGGUCAUGUAGUACGGGAACUCAAGGCUAGAGGUGUUACUUACAAAACUAGGGACAGAACCAACCAGUAAAGAGCCUGAUCAGAGUUGGAUAUGGCUGGUAAACUCUACUAGAUGUGUCUUUGUGAAAGUGUAAUCAACAGUUGUGGGAUGGAUAACUGGUACAGACACAAAUUUGAAGAUACUUCUUGUUUACUGCAAAGCUGUAUAGACAUUUUCACAGUUAUCUGACACUGUGCAGUACAAAAUAUUUUCCUCUUUUAUUUCAUGGUCAUAAUGAGGGUAUUAAUAUUGUAAGUAGCAAUAGGAGUAAAAAUGCACAUCAUUGGUCAGACAACAUCUCAUAUGUAUUGAACAUGACAUUGCUGUAGUUCAUGUUUUGAUUAGUGGCAACUUGUCAGCCUGUUGUAAAGAGUAUUCAUUAUUUUUUAAGAAAUUCAGUUAAUAAAACUUAUUUGACCUGAAUACUUAAUUUUUCCAAAUGUUAGUCUUCCUUGAAGGUUGCUAGCUGUUGUUGCAUAGCCAACUCUGACGCUUUUAAGAAGUCUACCAUAACCAGCAGUUCUGUCUGCUUACUUGGUCUGAUGGACACACAAUUAAAAGUUCCACCAUUUUUGUCCAAGAAUCCCACACACCUUUCAAAAAUAUGUAUUUGUCAAUAUGUACAGUAUGAACAACAUAUAUUUCUCAAGGUCUCUAAUAAUUCAUGAAGUUUAAUUAGGGGAAAUCCUAAAACAUAAAACUUUUUUACACCUUUGUCAUUGUUAUUGUUACUUAAGGUUAUCUUAACCUUUAGAAUUCAGAAGAGCAGAUGGAUUUUUUAAAAUUAUGCU